CCUUUCGGCAACGGUCUUUUCUCCCAUAACGCCCGAGUCACGUGACUCUAGGUUAACUGAAGGUCGUGAGGGAGAAGCAACCUUUCUGUCGCCGGGGCUCUCAAUCCGGCCGAUAUGUUGGCUAGCAGCGUCCGUCGGUUCGGCACCUCCGCCCUUCGGCGGAUGCAUUACGAAGAUGGGCCGGGAAAGAAUCUCCCAUUCUCAGUUGACAACAAAUGGAAAUUGUUACUUGGAACCUUUCUCUUUACCUUAACUGGUAUUGGUGGUCCCUGUUUUAUUGUAAGGCAUCAGCUGCUUAAGCAGUGAAUAUGUUAUAACAGGUUUCUUCACAGUGGGGAUGUUAACUAGCUGUGUACGAAGUGCUCUGCAACCCUCCCAAAUUGUUCCGAUGAGUGAAGCAUAAAGGGAUACAACAGCCAAGAUGGUGCUCAGCUGGCGAUAGCAUCAUAGCUCCAGAAACAUCUCGUUGUGAUGUUGCAGAAGGAAACACUGAAAGGAAAAGAGUUACUGUGAUGCAGCAGGAAUGCAUGUGCCAGUUAUUAAAUGAAAGGCAUAAGAUGCAUUUCAAUCUCCCAGUAUUUUCUCAAUACCAGUAGAAACACAAUUGCUGAGACAGCUGGCAGCUGCAACAUCCAGAUUUAAUAGAGGCCUAACUGCAUAAUAAAUUCCAGCACACACAUCUCUUCUCUUAGCACAAAAAAAAAAAAAGGUGGGGGAAGGAGAAUUGGAGUGUAUAGCUGAAUUCUCUAAGUGAAUUCUUGCUUCCCCCCAUUUAUGCACUGUCCACCCAUUCUUUCUCAAACACAUUAUGCCUCUCCCAUCUCUGACCUCUUAGGCAGUUCUCUUGUAUUUUUACUUAUCUGUGAAUAAAUCAAAAUUUUACUCA